CUCAAAUCUGCCGAAGAACAUGUGGCAAUGAGAUUCUUAGGUACCCGUUUGGCAGUGUCUCUGGUUGUGGCGAUCCUCGCUUCCAACCGUAUAUAACUUGCAACCAACAAAAGCUCACCUUCACCACUCACUCAUGACUCACGGUCAUAUCCUGUAACCUCAAUAGACUACAAAAGACAAGUCAUAUACAUCUCAGAUCCCACCAUGUCAAGUUGCUAUGGUACUGUUCCUGCAAAGGGCUUUGGCUUAGAUUGGAAUGCACCAUUCACGUUUGAUGAAAGAACCAUCUUUAUUCUCCUAGGCUGUUCCACAAAUUCAUCCUCCAUUCACAGUUCCAAGUUUCUCUGUGAUCAAGGAACAACAAUUUGCAGUCUUCUGAAUUCAUGCAGGCCUAUUAGUACCAUCAACGUUGACCUCCCCAGCUCAUGUCUUGCUUGUGAAAGAAGCCAUGGAGCAUGUGGGUACACUAGAUAUUUGAAUUCAUUUAUUUGCAGCUGUCCCAGUGGGACUAACACAACCACAGAUUGCUUCUUUGCACCAUAUUAUGAUGGUGGCUUUAGAAAUGGGGUUGCUUGGCUCUUGGUUCUUACGGGUUGGUCUCUCGUUGGCUUCUUCUUGUAACUUAGCGUGAAUGAUGAUAAACUUCAAAUCAACCUGAUGAUCCAAUUAAGAAAUCCGACUUUUGAGGCUUCACUACUUUGAUCCUUGGGAAUUUCAAUAUUGAGGUGGAAUAUAUUAUUAUGUACCCAUUUAUUAGUUAAUAAUUUAGGUCUUAAAUUUCUGGUCUCAUUGAGAGCCAGAAGUGUGUGCAGCUGUAUUUCCUCAGAUAUCAUAUAUGUUCUGCAAUCAUUGGGCUCCAAAAGAUUAUUAAUAUUUUAUGAAAUCUACGACAGAAUGCCAGCGUUACAAGAAUCAAAUUUCAGUUCAGCUCAUAAAGUUUGAAGAUUGAACUGAUGAGCUGAACUGAAGAAAGCAGUGCAGAAAAAUCAAUUGAUUAGCAAUCCUAAGUUGAUAUAAACUCCACUUCAGAAUCUCAUACUUGUAACAUGGAAUCGAGUUUCAUAUCUUGCAAUUAUCAACAUUCCACCGCACUCCGCAACUGAUGCUGCUGCGAUGUCAAGUUGCC